AUGUUACUUGGAUUGAUACUGCUAUUCAUUCUAUUGAAAUGUUCCAUCUUCGAAUGCGCCACCUGCAUUGAUGAUCAAGGAAAUGCUGUGGAUUGGUUUAUUGGGUACAAAUUGCCGCAAAGUUUUGAAUACGUUUACCUUACUCCCACUGUCAGUGAGUGGCAAAAAUCGGAAUUUUUCAUAAACGAGGAUGGAAUGAUGAAAAACCUAUUUGAGGAAAUGCAUCGAUUAAAGAAUUCUAAGUAUACACUUUACGGAGUAUAUAAUGAUGAAAGACCUGGUAAUGUGAUGGUUGAAAACAAAUACACAUGGGGACAUCUAAAAGGUGCUUUUGCAUUCAACAAAUCAUCCGGGUUUUGGUUGAUUCACAGCAUUCCAAAACUGUCAGAAUCUUCGGAACAUUACCAGUACCCGGAUAGUGGGAAGAUCUAUGGACAACACAUGUUGUGCGUUACCCUAAAAUCGUCAUACAUGAAUAUUGAUCAAAGUUAUUACUUUUUCUUCAAUUUACGUAGAAAAGGUUUCCGUAAAGUGAAUUAUGAAUACAAUUUUCGCUUCACAAUUAUACUGUUUCUCUUGUGUUCUAUAACGCAGGUUGUUAACAUUCAAGAACUGCAAUUUAAGAGACUUUCACUGUCUUUCGGCAGUUAUAAAGACCAUGCAAAGUGGGCGUCCACUAUACCCAAAUCAGCUUCAAACGAGGAUAAGGAUAUGUGGAUCUGCUUAGGGGACAUAAAUCGUAUGUACUCACAGUUAUACCGUGGUGGAGGCACCAUGUGCCUGAAAAACGCAAAAAUAUGGAAAGCUUUUUCACAACUGAUAUCCUCAGUUGAGCCGAUCAAUCUAGAGAAAACUGCUGAUAAUUCAAAACUCAUAAUUAUCUUCAUCACGAUCACAGGCAAAGCAAAAAUAAAAAGCAAAACCAAGAGAAAAAUGUGA